AUGGCAAAAGCCAAAGCCCGACAGCCCAGCAAGCCAAACGCUCCAAAUCCUCAUAUUUACGCUCGAAUAAACUUCCUCUAUCAGUCCGCACAACUUCUAUCCUAUAACCAGGUCUCCGAUACUACUGCUACUACUACUACUACUACUACUACUACUACUACUACUACUACUACUACUACUACUACUACCCAUCCUCAUCCUUCCAGUCAUGGCACUGGCCCUUCCAGCGCCAAUACCUCUCUCUCGCGCUUCUACCUCUCAAAUGCUCGCGCAGUCGCAAAAAAAUCAGUGCUACGUAUCUCACCAGCUGUUAAGCGCACUAUCUGCAAGCGGUGCGAUGCUCUUUUGAUCCCUGGUGCCACAAGCACACAUAGCAUCGUGAACGACAGCCGUAAUGGGCGCAAACCAUGGGCAGACGUUCUUGUCGUCGAAUGCAACGGUUGUGGCGCAGUAAAGCGGUUCCCGGUUGGUAUGGAAACCAAGAAGAAGGACUGGAAACUGUGGAGUGAGAGGCCGGAUGUAGUUAUUAGUGGGGAGGCCAAGAACAAUCGUGGGGAUCAAGAGCAGCAACAGAAACAAGGGACUGCCAUGGAGAUAGAUACAACGGAGGGUCUUGCUCCUCACAAGGCUGAGGAACCGGAUUCAAAGGAUACUGUCGAUGGCACCGCUGCAUAA